UGAUAUCAGGGGCACUUCACUUGUUGAUGACUCGGAUACCAGUCCGAUGAAGCGGAGACAAAAGUAACUGACACCAUGGGGCUGCUCUCUGUGAGUGUCGGGCACUUUCGGAACCGGGUUCGGAUGUGGAGUCGAGAUUUAUCCAAAAUUUCAGCAACUUUCCGCUACAGUUGCGCGCUCGCGGUGAAGACGUCACUGAUCCAAAGGAGAUGUGGAAGAUUAUAUCAACACAGUUUCCCACUCACUCGAUUACUUAGUUCAAACAAACCACCGAGAGGUUUUGAAAAGGAUUUCCCGAAGAGUGAAGAAAGCGCUGGCGUCAACAAAUCAGCUGAAGAUGAAAAUACCAAAGAGCGAGAAUCUGUUGUAAGUAAAGGGAGGGACACAAACGAUGAUGGAGAUGAAAGACGAAGAGGAGGAAAAAAGGAAGAAUCACACUGGUGGACACGCUUUCAGGAUGAAUUCCCUUUGGAUGAAAAAGCACUUCGCAACCUUGGAAUUGGUGCAGCAGGCAUGACCACAGCUUUUUUGUACUUUUACUUCCGAGAGACAGGGGUCCAGAUCUCCUGGAAGGACUUUGUGCAUCACUACUUGAGCAGAGGCUUAGUGGAUCACCUGGAAGUUGUCAAUAAACAGUAUGUCAAAGUAAUUCCUGCCCACGGAGUGGAAACAUCAGAAGUGAGCUAUUUGUGGUUCAACAUUGGCAGUGUCGACUCAUUUGAGCACAACCUGGAGAUGGCACAGCAAGAGAUGGGUCUGGAGUCCCCACAGAAAGUACCUGUAUUAUAUAGCAGUGAAAGCGAUGGUACACUUCUUUUGAACAUCCUCCCAACCUUACUGCUGGCUGGAUUUUUGCUUUUUGCCACUCGGCAGGGACCAAUGGCGGGAGGUCGUGGAGGUAGGGGGCAAGGAAACCCCUUUAGCAUGAGUGAAUCCAAAGCAAAGAUUAUAAAAGACAACAUUAGCGUGCGAUUCAAGGACGUUGCAGGCUGCGAGGAGGCCAAACUGGAGAUUUUGGAGUUUGUCAACUUCCUGAAGAACCCACGGCAGUAUCAGGACCUAGGAGCCAGGAUCCCAAAGGGUGCAGUUUUAUCGGGUCCACCUGGUACUGGCAAGACUUUGCUAGCUAAGGCCACUGCAGGAGAGGCCAACGUCCCCUUCAUUACCGUCAGUGGCUCAGAGUUCCAAGAAAUGUUUGUUGGCGUGGGGCCAGCUAGGAUAAGGCAUAUGUUUGCCACAGCGCGAAAAAAUGCCCCUUGCAUCCUUUUCAUCGACGAGAUUGACGCAGUUGGCAGGAAGAGAGGCAAAGGGAACUUUGGCAACCAGAGCGAGCAGGAAAACACCCUCAACCAGUUGCUUGUGGAAAUGGAUGGGUUCAACAGUAGCACUAACGUGGUCAUUUUAGCUGGUACCAAUCGAGCGGAUAUCCUGGAUCCAGCUUUGAUGAGGCCUGGGCGCUUUGAUCGACAUAUAUACAUAGGCCCACCAGAUAUUAAAGGCAGGGCAUCCAUCUUUAAGGUGCACUUAAGACCUCUGAAGUUGGACUCCAGUAUAGAAGUAGACAGUUUAGCCAGGAAGCUAGCUGCGCUAACCCCAGGUUUUACUGGGGCUGAUAUUGCUAAUGUAUGUAAUGAAGCUGCGCUAAUAGCUGCACGUCACCUCAACCGGCAUAUCAGUACUAAGCACUUUGAGCAGGCAGUCGAUAGAGUUAUCGGAGGUUUGGAAAAGAAGACUCAGGUACUGCAGCUUGCAGAGAAGACUACUGUGGCGUAUCAUGAGGCUGGGCAUGCUGUGACGGGCUGGUUCCUAGAACAUGCAGACCCUCUGCUUAAGGUGUCCAUUGUUCCCAGAGGGAAAGGUUUGGGUUAUGUGCAGUAUCUGCCUAAAGAACAGUGCCUGUUCACCAGGGAGCAGCUAUUUGACAGAAUGUGCAUGAUGCUGGGAGGUCGAGUGGCAGAGCAGGUUUUCUUUCGCCGAAUCACCACGGGGGCGCAGGAUGACCUCAGGAAAGUCACACAGUCUGCCUAUGCACAGGUUGUACAGUUUGGUAUGAACGAGCCGGUGGGUCAGCUGUCCUUUGACCUCCCCAAGCAGGUUGACGUAGUAACUGAGAAACCCUUCGGUGAACCUACAGCCCAGCUUAUAGAUCAGGAGGUCCGCUUGCUUAUAGAUGCGGCCUUCCGACGAACACUUCAGCUUGUCACCGAUAAGAAGGAAAUGGUGGAGAAGGUGGCAAAACGUCUUCUAGAAAAGGAGAUUCUAGACAAGGCUGACAUGGUGGAGCUGCUAGGAACUCGUCCCUGUCAAGAGAAGUCAUCAUAUGAGGAGUUUGUUGAAGGGCUUGGGGAAUUUGAGGAGGACACCUCUCUACCUGAAGGGCUAAAGAACUGGGACAAGAAUAAAGGGGAUGAAAAACAGUCUCAGAGUCGGCAAAACAAAUCAGCCCUUUACCUGUAGGUGGGCACGCAGCCCCAAAACAAAUAUUCCGCUGGAUUCAGGUGAAUAUUUCUCAAUGUCAGCACCAUCUGGUCCAGACUGCAGCCUGUCAGGGCUCUUAAAAAAAACUUGUUCACCUCAAGGACAGCUGCCAAGGGAUGGAUGGUGAUGUGUUGCACAGGUCUUAAAUGGCCUAGAAUAUGCAAUUUGUAAUUUUGUAUCUAUAUUCCAGCGGGAAUCGCAAAAAAGUACUCCUCAUUUUAAUGUUAGGGCAAUUUAACGUCACUAAGCUUCUGUGAAGAGUGCAGUUUGUGGCUUACACUUCACUGGAGGUGCCUUCUACACCGUUUCUUCCACGCUGUGUCCUACAGUGCAAUGACACUGACAAACAUACCACAGAAUAAUCUGUAGUCACAGUCAGGAAAGUUAUUAAGCUAAAUUAAAGUUACAAAAAUCAAAUGAAAUAUGCUUUUUAAAAUUCAAAAUCAGUUAACAUCAUGUGACAGGUACAUUGUUUGGGGUGUGUGUUAGACAGUUACACAUUGCUGGUAUUAUACAAGAUACAUUUUACACUAACGCUCAUUGCCCUUAUUCAACCUUUCUCAAUUUCAGUGUAAUGUAUACUUUUUAGUCUGUGGUAGAGAUUUCCAUAAAUCUAUAAUUCUAAUAAGAA